UCCGGAAACGGGCUCAUGUGAACAGCCCUUAAUAAAUACUUCAUUUUCAUCAGCAUUUUAUUCACAAUCUUUCACAAAUCAUCUCUAUAUAUCCGUCUGCAUCCAAUGUUUGCAUAUGAGUUCGUAUUUACAUUUGAUCCAAAGCUUUGUGCAUGUAUGUCAACAGUCUAAUUUAGCAUAUACCUGAUAAUAUGUGCUAAAGAUAACAAUAUAAAUAAUUUGUUAUUUACCUAGUGUCAAAAUUUCUCUUUUCUGCUUUCCUAUUGGCCAAGAGAUCCACCCGUGCAGGGCUUCAAAUCGCCAUGAAUAUAUACGCGCGAGAAACACGAGCGGGCAUCAAAUUUCAUAAUUUUCCAUAGGGCAUGCAUAUUUUUGGGAAUAAAAAAUUCUACCGUUUCUUGCCGAUAUUGCUUCAUAUUCUAAUCUAUACAGGUAAUGUCCAGGGAUUGGCUCUUCUUUGGCCUCCAGUUUAUUUUCAUUUUGACAGCAGUUACUGACUGACAGCACUUACUUACUUUGACAGCACUUACUUACUGACACCUAGAAAACGCAGUGUGUUUUGUUGCCCCGAGACCGCUAUGCUGUUAGCAACAGCGGUCUCGGGUUAGCAAAACACACUGUUUCCCUCGGCGUCAGUACAAAAGUAUCAAUUGUCUAGGCUAAAUGUUGAGUUGAUAAAUGGGUUAAAAAUAAUUCACAAAAUAUGUAACAGCCAAUAUUUUACAGGACGUGACGUGACAUAUGAGAAGUUUUGAAGGAGUAACAUAUCGCUUGCGAACUGAAACCUCAUCAGCAGAUCAGGCGCUGUGAACUUAUUCUUGUCUAAAUUUAGGAAAUAAUAACGUGGGCAUUUCUACCUUAAAAACUUCGCGGAUUACAGUAUUAGAUGUUCGAGGUGAUUUAAUAUUUGUACACGGAAGUGCCACACACAAGACCUCCCGGCUUGUGUCAAGUAUACUUAAUUUUGGAAACAUGCGUCAUUCAAGUACAAUUGAAAAUCCCCACGUAGAAAUCAUGCUUUUUACGGAGAAAACUAUUGCGGUACAAACGCUUACAAGUUACAACGGUUGUGAAAUAAUUCUGCAACAGUUGUAAAUAUCCAAUUUGGUUGAAAAGAGAUUUACGUGCGGAGUUGUUGUGAAAUUUAAUAACCGAGCAACAUCAGUAAAAAUAUAAUUAACGGAUAAACGAGAACAACAUGGCUUUGAUGUACGCUUGGCAGCGUUAUUUUGAUGCCAGUUGUACUGUAAUGAUUCUUGCAACGAUCUUCAACUCAAGUAUUGCAGAUAGACAUCGUCUUCAAGACAGCGAUAGCAACAGAACAUGUAUUCCUGCUGAAGCUGAGCCGAUACUGAACUCAAGUUCGUGUUACCCUUUGGUCAAUUUCACCCGGCCUUUUUGUGAAAAUCAUGGUAUUAUGUUACCAAAGUACGUUUAUAGAACUCCGGAUUAUCAAAUUGAUAAAAACGAGGAAAUGAAUAGAGCUGAAAAAAGAGCUAAAAGGCUGGGCGAGUCAAAGAUUCGAAGUUGGUUCAAUAUCAAUAUCAGUAAAAUGCAACAAUGUUUUCGCAUUCUUAGUAUAUCUCUCUGUCAUUUCAUUUAUCCGAUUUGCGACCAAACGCAAAGCGUCUAUCAAGAGCAAAAAUUUGCCGCGAAACGUAUUUUAACAUUAAACGCAUAUGCCAUGACAUUGUGGAAUUAUUUAUAA